GCAGCAUGCAGCAGGGAGGCUGCCAACUGGAGGUCUUUAAACGGACUUGUCCGUAAUUUUGAUACUAAUCUCAUAAGGCCACUCCAAGUUGUAUACCGGUUUCUGGUCCGCCGCCGGCACCCCAUUUCAAGAGAACGCCAUUAUUUACUGCCCGCCCGCCCGCAUCUUCUGACCAGCAACUUGGAGUGGCCGCCUCUGAUACCCCGCCUCGCCAAUAACGAGACUAGGCUAGAAUCAUCCCCUGCAAUGGCGCCAGUUAAAAGAAAGAUCCACUACCGGCUUUUACUACUAAUGGCAUCGUUACUUCUCUUGGCGACCUGCUACUCAUUGAAUCAGCGCAGGCAGACAAGUGAGCUAGCAACUGGAAGGCAAACAGCACACGAGGACCCUACUGCUGCUACCUCGACUGCUACUACCCCCACCAAACUAAGCAGUAUUUCCACCGCUCGGAUCUCCCGCAACAUUUCUAAGACCAGCAUUUCUGCUGGAGUCCCCAGCACUACCCCGCCAUCGAUCUUGCUAGCACAACUUUUGAGCAAAUGGUUCAACGAGUCCGCUCUACCUAAAGUUCCAAAGGCACAGUUGCAGUGUUCUGAUGCCAUCUGUUCCAAUUUCUCUCUUCCGAACUUUAAAUGCAUGAAUAGAAUUCCAGACAUUGUCAAAAGAAUUGCGGCUCCGACCUGCCGAUUUCAAAAAGGGGAGUCAAAACCCAAAUACUUACUGACAAGCUUUCCUGGCAGCGGAAACACUUGGGUUCGACAAGUGCUAGAGAAAGCUACAGGAAUAUGCACAGGUUCCGUCUACUGUGAUCAUGACAUGAUGUUAUCGGGGAUGAUUGGAGAAGGCGUGGACUCUAGUUCAGUUUUGGCCGUCAAGACCCAUAACACUAAGGUGCAGGAGUAUUAGAGAGUCGGUAGACUCUCUAUAUAGGGAUGACACGGGUGAAAUCUCACGUGAUCCGCGUACAAAACGACUAAAAACUCGGUGAGAAACACUUCCUCGGCCUUCAAAACAUACUAGCAAUAGUCUACGGGCCCAUAUCUACCUAUACAUGUCCCCCAAGAGCUCAUACGC